AAAAAGUGUGUGUGCAAAUCGAGUCGCGGUUGCCUACCGCGUUUCACCAUUGCAGUCACCCUAAUUACUUAAGAAUUGCUGCCAGCGAUAAAUCGUGCGAGCCCUCGAGCUGCCGCGCUGCGUUGGCUGCGCCAAGUGACCGCAGUGCGAGCUUUGACGCCGCGCGCGCAGUGCGCGAAGGCCUGCACGCCGCCGCGGCGCCACAAAAAAACGAUGGGCCUCGCCGCCGCGACGCUCGACGCCUUCCUCGCGACCUGCUUCACCUGGGCCGUGACGGCCGCCGGCGCCGCUUUAGUUUUUGUGCUCCCACCGGACGAGGCGACGCAGCGGCAAUUACUAAGACCGAUGCUGGGGUUUGCGGGCGGUGUGAUGACCUCCGCCAGCUUCUUCUCGCUGCUCGCGCCGGCCUUGGAGCUCGCCGAGGACCAGCUGGGCCGGAGGUGGUCCUUCGUCCCUGUUGCCGUUGGUUUCUUCUUGGGCGGCGCGUUCCUCUAUUUAUGUGAUGUCUACAUGGAAACGCAACAGAUCCACGACCCGCUCGCGCUCAUGCAGGACGCCGUGCUCGGGCGGAAGGCGAAGGCGAAGGCGGACUCGCCGUUGCGGCGGUCGCCGCGGAGCAGCAGCAACCCCUACGCGACGCCGUCGAACGCGCGACUUAGGAGACCGGACGCGCUGCCGCGCGUGCCGUCUUCCUUAGAAGGUGGGCGCGGGCCGCCACAGCCGGACGACGACUCCACCGCAAAAAAGGCCGCGGCGGCGCGGCGGGCCGUCGCGCUAUUAGUGUUUGCGAUCACGCUGCACAACUUCCCCGAGGGCCUGGCUGUGGGAGUUGGGUUUGGCGGCGCCGCCGCGGGCCUCGCGGGCCAAUCUAGAGCGAAGGCCAUGAACCUCGCUCUGGGCAUCGGGCUGCAGAAUUUCCCCGAGGGCCUCGCCGUGUCGAUGCCGCUCAAACGGGCGGGACUGUCGUCGUACAAAGCGUUCUUGUUUGGGCAGCUGUCUGGUGUCGUCGAGCCGGUCGGUGGUAUAAUGGGUGCGGCGCUCGUAACGCUUGUGACACCGAUCCUGCCUUACGCCUUAGCCUUCGCCGCCGGCGCGAUGAUCUACGUCGUCGUCGACCAGCUGAUCCCCGAGUCGCUCGCGGGCCCGUCUCAGAACAAGCAGCAGACGCUCGCGUUCAUGGGCGGAUUCGGGCUGAUGAUGGUGAUGGACGUGGCUCUCGGUUAGACGGCGCCUCUUCUUCUAAGGUAUACUAUGUGUCUUA